AAAGGCACGCGAUCGACAAUCUCUGAGGAGUUUGGUCGAGGACUGCCUACGAAGCGAGAUCAGCAGGCCAGCUCGAGCAGAGGCCGUGCAUCUCGAGUCAAAGAUGGCGAUGCCCUUUGGUGGAGAGAACAAGCGCCCGCAUCUCUACAUCGGCAACAUCUCCCCCCGGGUGACCGAGUACAUGCUCCAAGAAGUCUUUGCACUGGCUGGACCUGUUCAGCAGGUCAAGAUCAUUCCCGACCGUACAUUCCAGCAUGGCGGUCUCAACUAUGGCUUUGUAGAGUUUUAUACGAUGCAAGGAGCAGAACAGGCGCUGCAGACACUCGCCGGUCGCAAGCUCUUUGACACAGAGAUGAAGGUCAACUGGGCUUACCAGAACCAGACGGCCAAGGAGGACGUGACGAACCACUUCCACGUCUUCUGCGGUGAUCUCUCGCCCGAAGUGACAGACGACAUCCUCCAAAAGACCUUUUCCGCCUUCGGCUCGCUCAGUGAUGCCCGUGUCAUGUGGGACAUGGCCAGUGGCAAAUCGCGUGGAUACGGCUUCCUCGCCUUCAGGGACAGAGCAGACGCAGAGGCAGCCAUCAACGCCAUGAACGGCGAAUGGCUCGGCAGCAGGGCAAUCAGGGUCAACUGGGCCAACCAGAAGAACCAGGGCAUGAUGGGCGAUGGCGGCAUGGGCGAAGGCCCUCCGCCUCCUGCGCGAUCAGGCGGUUUCCAGGUCGGCGGAUCAGACUACAACAUGGUCGUCACCCAGACGCCCGUCUCGAACACGACGGUCUACGUCGGCAAUCUGGUACCCUACUGUACCCAAGCAGAUCUCAUACCGCUCUUCCAGGGGUAUGGCUACAUUGUCGAGAUCCGCAUGCAGGCCGACAGGGGUUUCGCUUUCGUCAAGCUCGAUACGCACGAGCAUGCUGCAAUGGCGAUCGCCUACUUGACCGGUCAGAUGUGCCAGGGCCGCUCGCUCAAGUGCAGUUGGGGUAAGGAUAGAGAGGGAGGCGGCGGUAUCUCGGGUACGCCGGGCAUGUCGAUCAUUCCAGGCCCGACAGCCUAUGCACCUGCUGCGCCACCGCCCGUACCUAGCUUUGCACCCCAACAAGACUUUUCCGCGCAAUGGGCGUCUUACUAUGCCAGCCAAGGUCAGCCGAAUCCCGUCUAGACGACAUCCUGCGCGGGGGCGGGCGAGCAAGUAUUCUCUGUACAGGUUGCACAAGCUGUUGACACAACAUCUCAUCUACUCCUGCUGCUGCUGCUCGUGCUGCUUCGUGUGAACUAUGGGUCGUCUGGUUUCUCUCGUUCGAUGAAGAAAUGCUCUAUGGCUGCACCGAACAGGCCGAAUCCUAACCCGCUCAGAGAGGCUGCUCUCAAGCCGCUCUUGCGAGAGAUGAUGCUGCCCGUGAUGAGCCCCCCGAAGAAAGGGUUCCAAGGAUCGUGCUUGGCCCGAUACUGGC